GAUCAGGGGAUCGCAGGGCGGGGCCCUUGGGGGGCGCGUCCCCCCAUCCCUCCCCCCCCGCCCACAAUGGUGCAGCCCGCGUUUAAAGGGCCCGGCCGGGCGGGGAGGGGGCAGAGCCGGAGCGGGGCGCGCGGCUGCAGCUGCAGGCCUGCCGCCCCCCGACCAUCCCACCAUGGCCGCCCCACUGCUGCUCGGGGCCCUGGCUCUGCUGCUGCUGCUGCCGCCCCUGGCCCGGGCAGGGGCCCCCCCUCCGCCGCUCCCGGCCACCCGGGUAUCCUUUUCGGUGCCGGACGGGGGACUGACCCACCUGGCGGUGCACCGCGAGACGGGCGAGGUCUUUGCCGGCGCCGUAAACCGCGUCUACAAGCUGGCGGCCAAUCUCAGCCAGCUGCGGGUGCACGGGACGGGGCCGGUGCCGGACGACGCCCGGUGCUACCCGCCGCCCGCCGUGCGGCUCUGCCAGCACCCGCUGGCCCCGGCCGACAACGUCAACAAGCUGCUGCUGCUGGACUACGCGGGCGGGCGGCUGGUGGCCUGCGGCAGCGUCUGGCAGGGCGUCUGCCAGCUGCUGCGCCUGGGCGACCUGGCCAAGCUGGGCGAGCCGCACCAGCGCAAGGAGCACUACCUCUCGGGCGGGCGCGAGGCCGACGCCAUGGCCGGCGUCAUCCUGGAGCAGCCGGGCCAGCCCAGCCGGCUCUUCGUGGGCACCUCGGUGGAGGGGCGCUCCGAGUACUUCCCCACCCUGUCCAGCCGCCGCCUGGCGCCCGACCCCGCCAGCCCCGACAUGUUCAGCCUGGUGUACCAGGACGAGUUCGUCUCCUCGCAGGUCAAGGUCCCCUCGGACACCCUGGCGCUGCACCCGGCCUUCGACAUCUACUACGUCUCGGCCUUCGUCUCGGGCGCCUUCGUCUACUUCCUCACCCUGCAGCUGGACACGCAGCAGGCGGCGCUGGAGGGGCCGGGCGGGGGGCCCGGCGGGGGGACGGCCCCCGGGGCCGAGCGCUUCUUCUCCUCCAAGAUCGUGCGGCUCUGCGCCCGCGACGCCGAGUUCUACUCCUACGUGGAGUUCCCGCUGGGCUGUGCCCACGCCGGGGUGGAGUACCGCCUGGUGCAGGCCGCCCGGCUGGCCAAGGCCGGGCGCCGGCUAGCGCGGGCGCUGGGGCUGGCCGAGGGGCAGGACGUGCUCUACGCAGCCUUUGCCCAGGGCCAGAAGAACCGGGCCGCGCCGCCGCGCCAGAGCCUGCUCUGCCUCUUCACGCUCGACGAGGUCAAUCGGCGCAUCCAGGAGCGGAUCCAGAGCUGCUACCGCGGCGAAGGGCACCUCUCCCUGCCCUGGCUGCUCAACAAGGAGCUGCCUUGCAUCAACACGGUACCGGGACCCAGGCGUCCGGGAGCCUCGCCCAGCCCCCGCGCUCAGCCACUCGGCCCGGCUCCCCUCCCAGGGAGAGAACCCAGGAGUGGCAGAGGUGCGGGGUUCGGGGGGUCGAGGGAAGUGGCUCAGGUGGGGCUGGGGACUCGGGGGGCUGGGGGCAUCUCUCUCUCACAGCUCCCCCCCCAGGUGCGGGUAGACGGCCCCCAGGACGCCCAUCUGUACGAGUCGGUGCCAGUGACCCCCGGGCAGCCCCUGCUGCGGGACAUGGAGCUCAGCCCAGACCAGAGACACCUUUACCUGCUGAGCCGCGGAGAGGUCGUGCGGCUGCCGGUGGAGACCUGUGGCCAGUACCCCGCAUGUGACGCCUGCCUGGGCUCUGGGGACCCCCACUGCGGCUGGUGUGUCCUGCACAACCGGUGCUGCCGGGAGAGCGAGUGUCCCCGGGCGCUGGAGUUGCAGCGGUUCGCGGCCGUGCCGGGCCCCUGCCCCCGGUUGCUCGUGGAGCCCAAUAACAUCUCAGUCACCUCGACCAGCGUCCUGCUGCAGCUGACGGUGCAGAACCUCCCGGACCUGGGGCCCGGCGUGACCUGCUCCUUCGAGGGCCUGGGGCAGAGCAAGGCCGAGGUGCUACCCGGGGGCCUCAUCCGCUGCCAGUCACCCACCCCCAGGGAGCUGCCCCCCGGUACUGGCCCCCAUGGUGACGCUCGCUCCGUGCGGCUUCAGCUUCGCUCGCUUGAGACCAUGAUGGACUUUGCUGGCGCUGACUUCGUCUUCUACAACUGCAGCCUCCUCCCGUCGUGUCUGUCCUGCGUGAGGAGCCAGUUCGCCUGCCAGUGGUGCAAAUAUCGGCACGUCUGCACCCACGAUCCCCGGGAGUGCGCUUUUGCCGAGGGGCGGGUCAGCACCGCUGAGGGCUGCCCGGAGCUGCUCCCGGCGGGCGAGAUCCUGAUCCCGGUGGGGGUGCUGCAGCCGAUCACGCUCCGGGCCAAGAACCUGCCACAGCCGCAGUCGGGCCAGAAGAACUACGAGUGCGUCUUUGCCGUGCAGGGGCGGCGCCAGCGGGUCCCAGCCGUGCGCUUCAACUCCAGCAGCGUGCAGUGUCAGAACACCUCGUACUGGUACGAGGGCGACGCAGUUGGGGAGCUGCCUGUGGACUUCUCCGUCGUCUGGGACAGCGACUUCCCCAUCGACCAGCCCCCCGGCUUCAAAGCCCUGCUAUACAAGUGCCCAGCCCAGCGCCCCAGCUGUGGGCUCUGUCUCCGCUCUGACCCACGCUAUGAGUGCGGCUGGUGCCUGGCCGAGCGACGCUGCCUCCUGCGCGCCCAAUGCCCAGCCCCCAAACUCAACUGGGUGCCCCCCGGCCGGCGCGGGGCUCGCUGCAGCCACCCUCGCAUCACCCAGGUGGUGCCGGUGGCGGGGCCCAAGGAGGGCGGCACGCGGGUGACGGUCGAGGGUGAGAACCUGGGGCUGCAGUUUCACGAGGUCGCGGUGCGCGUGGCCGGCGUGCGCUGCAACUCGCUGCCCAGCCAGUACGUCCCCGCCCAGAGGGGGAGCUGGGACGCAGGGGAGUUCGGGGGGACGUGUUUGAUCGGACGGGAGCUGGGACGCGAAGGGGGGUCGGGCGGGGACGAUACCCCCAGGCUGCGGGGACUGAACCCUGGGGGAGGGCCGGUGUCAGGGGGGACCCGCGUCACCCUCACUGGGACCCAUCUGGACGCCGGCAGCAGCGUCAACAUCUCAUUGCAGGGGGCACCCUGCCAGCUGCUCAGGAGGGGGCCUGAGGAAAUCGUCUGCAUGACCCCCCCGUCCACGCUGGGCCCUGGUCCAGCCCCCCUCAGUGUCUGCAUCGACCGUGCCAGCCUGGCCCCCCCUGAGCCUCCCAAUGGCACCGCCAGCCCCCCCAUCCUGAUCUUCCGCUAUACCCCCGAUCCGGUGGUGACCCACAUCGAGCCCCAAUGGAGCAUCGUCAACGGCAGCACCAGCCUGACAGUGACUGGGACCCGCCUGCUGAGCAUCCAGGAGCCGCGUGUCCGAGCCCUGUACGGGGGCGUCGAAACCGUCAACAGCUGCCGGGUGCUGAAUGACUCCCUCAUGCUGUGCCAGGCGCCCGGCAUUGUGCCGGGGGGGCGGGAGCUGCCUGCGGGGGGGGCCUCCCCUGACGAAUUCGGCUUCCUGCUGGACCACGUCCAGGCGGCUCGAACCCUCAACCGCUCGGCCUUCACCUACUACCCCGACCCCCAGGUCGAGCCCUUCGGCCCUGCGGGGGUGCUGGAGGUGAAACCCGGCUCCCACAUUGUCCUCAAGGGCAGGAACCUGAUCCCGGCGGCCGCUGGGGGGGCCCGUCUGAACUACACCGUGCUGAUUGGGGGGGAGCCCUGCGCCCUGACGGUGUCAGAGACCCAGCUGCUCUGUGACUCGCCCAGCCAGACAGGGGAGCAGCCAGUCACGAUCCUGGUGGGGGGCCUGUCCUUCUCUCCCGGCUCCCUGCACAUCUACCCCGAGGCGGCCCUGCCCCUGGGGGCGCUGGUGGGGCUGGGCGUGGGGGGGUCCCUGCUGCUCCUUGCCAUUAUCGGGGUGCUGGUUGCCUACAAGCGAAAGACCCGCGACGCCGACCGGACCCUCAAGCGGCUGCAACUGCAGAUGGACAAUCUGGAGUCACGGGUCGCGCUGGAGUGCAAGGAGGCCUUUGCAGAGCUGCAGACCGACAUCAACGAGCUGACGAACAACUUGGACGGGGUGAAGAUCCCGUUCCUGGACUAUCGGACGUACGCCCUGCGGGUGCUGUUCCCCGGCGAGGAGCCCCCCAUGCUGCGCCAUGGCCACGUGAGCGGGGGCCGGGCCAGGGUGGGCUGCAGAGCAGAGCGGGGGCUGGGCUGGGGGGAAGAACAGGGGGACUGGGGAGCACACAGCGCCCUGGGGCAGGCACCCCCCAUCGUCCUCAGACAGCCCCCCAUGGCCCUGCCCCCCCCUAACCUGCUGCCUCUCCCCCAGGUGACCGAUGGCUCCAAGGUGGCCCUGGCGCCCCGGCAGGUCUCGGGGUGCAACCUGCCGAACUCCUGCACCUUCAGCCGCUCCCUGAGCCGCUACGAGAGCCUCCUGCGGCCAUCCAGCAGCCCCGACAGCCUGCGCUCCCGCGCCCCCAUGCUGAGCCCCGAGCGCGACGGGGGCACCCGGCUCUGGCACCUCGUCCGCAGCCACGACCCGCUGGGCGACCCCAAGGAGGGUGGCAGCAAGAUGGUGUCGGAGAUCUACCUCACCCGGCUCCUGGCCACCAAGGGCACGCUGCAGAAGUUCGUGGAUGACCUGUUCGAGACGCUGUUCAGCACGGCACACCGAGCCAGCGCCCUGCCCCUGCCCAUCAAGUACAUGUUCGACUUCCUGGACGAGCAGGCGGAUCGGCGCCAGAUCAGCGACCCCGACGUGCGGCACACCUGGAAGAGCAACUGCCUGCCCCUGCGGUUCUGGGUGAACGUGAUCAAGAACCCGCAGUUCGUGUUCGACGUGCACAAGAGCAGCAUCACGGACGCGUGUCUCUCCGUGGUGGCCCAGACGUUCAUGGACUCAUGUUCCACGUCGCCCCAGCGCCUGGGCAAGGACUCGCCCUCCACCAAACUGCUCUAUGCCAAGGACCUGCCCGGCUACCGCGGCUGGGUGGAGCGGUACUACCGGGACAUCGCCAGGAUGGCGCCCAUCAGCGACCAAGACAUGGACGCCUACCUCGGGGAGCAGUCGCGGCUCCACGCCGGGGAGUUCAACACCCUGGGGGCGCUGGGCGAGCUCUACCAGUACGUGGGGCGCUACCGCCAGGAGGUGCUGACGGCGCUGGAGCGGGACGGGAGCUGCCGGAAGCAGCGGCUGCGCCAGCGACUGGAGCAGGUCAUUGCCUUGGUCUCCACCAACAGCUGAGGGGGGCUGGCCCCAUGGCCAGCCAGUGCGACCUUCGACCUCCGGGGUGACGUGACCUUCGACCUCCUCCGAGACAAUGUGACCUUCGACCCCUGGCUCAGGGGCAGGCUGACUUUUGGGGGGAUCCCCCCAAUGCCACCGGGAUCGGGCCUCGUAGCAAUAACCCAGAGGGGCCGCUGGUGGCAAUGGGGGUGUGUGACGGGGGGACAGGGCUGGGGGGCAGAUCUGGCUGGGCUGGAGCAAUGACCCCCCUUUCCACCCCAAUACCAGACCCCCACCCCCAAAACUGUACAGCCCCCCAGUACUGUAUGACCCCCCCAAUGCACCCCCAGGCCAGCAGCUGAAAGGAGCUCCCCACCUCCCCCCUGUACAGCACCCCCCAAAUAGCUGUUGGAAUUUGCCUCUUGUGUUGGUGACAGUGACAAUGGGAAUUGGAGAUUUAACCUAUGUCCCAGGGACCCCCCUCCCCAGCCCCCCCCCCCAGUUCUCCCAGCCCAGAGACCCCCUCCGUAGCCCUUCCCCUAGCACCCCCUUGACCCAGGGACUGCCCUCCCCAGCCCCUCCCCAGCGCCCCCUUUCCCGGUGACGUGGUGCCUUAAUUACUGAAUAAUUUAUUGCGUCUCAGGGGGGUUCGGUGUACAUUUAGUCCCGGGUGUAAGAAAUUUCAGUGUAACCCCCCCCCGCGAUAUCUGUGUAAAUAGUCGUACUGCGUGUGGGCUCGGGGAGGUGGGGCCUAGCUCCCCCCCCAAGAUUUGGGGGAAGCAGGACAGACCCCUUCCCCCGCUCCCACGCAGCUGUUUUCUCUGUUCAUUUUAUAAUUAACUUUUCUUUUGCUAAUUAAAGUGCUGGAAAAAAACUAA